GGGCUUCGCAGAUUGAUCCGCAUCAAGGGACGGAAUCGUUCUCUCUCUCAGAGAAGUGUCUAGCCGCUUUAUCAAAAAAAAAAAAAAAGUGUCUAGCCGCGGUGACUCCUCGCCGCUACGAACGCCGCCGGCGCGCCGUGCUGCCGUGAACUCAUGACCCGAAAGCAUGAUGCCGCCGUCCCCAGCCUCGCCGCACGAUGUGACCGCUGUCCUGCGGCUCCUGGAGUCCCGCGAACUUCUCGCCGCGGCGCGCCUCGCCGCCGCCUCUGCUUCCUCCUCGCCGCUCCCGCUCGCCGCGGUCCUCCUGCACCGCCCGCUGCCCCCGCGCCUCGGCUACAGCCUCCACGCCCGCGCCGCGCGGGCGGGCCUCCUCGCGGACCGCUACCUCGCUAACGCGCUGCUCGCGUUCUACGUCCGCCUCCCGGACCACCUGCCUCACGCGCUCAGGGCGUUCGACGACCUGCCCCGCCGCGACGUCGUCGCCCACUCCUCCGUCCUCGCCGCCUUCCUCCGCGCGGGCCUCCCGCGCCGCGCGCUCCUCCAGCUCAGGACCAUGGCCGCCGGCGGAUACGGCGCUGACGACGACGUCGCCCCCAGCGCGCACGCGCUUUCCGCCUCCGCCAAGGCGUGCGCCGUGCUGCGGGACCUCCGCGCGGGAGCCUGCGUGCACGGCACCACCGUCGUGCGAGGGUACGCCGACGAUGGCGUCGUGCUGAGCGCGCUCGUGGACAUGUACGGCCACUCGGGUGCGCCGGGCGACGCGCGGAGGGCGUUCGAGGAAAUGCGCGCCCCUGACGGGAUAUGCUACACGUCGUUGAUAUCAGCAUUUGUGCGGAACGACUGGUUCGACGAGGCCCUGCGGUGGUUCCAGGCUAUGCUCGCGACAGAUGGGGUUUAUCCGGACGGCUGCACAUUUGGCUCCAUGAUGACGGCGCUGGGGAACCUGAAGAGGGCGAGACAGGGUAGAGAGGCGCACGCGCAGGUUUUGACACGUGGCCUGUGUGGGAACGUGAUCGUGGAAAGCAGCACACUUGACAUGUACGCCAAGUGUGGGAUGAUGGUGGAUGCACAGAAGGUGUUCGACAGGAUGAAAGUCCGGAAUGCAGUUUCAUGGUGCGCCCUGCUUGGUGGGUAUUGUCAAAGCGGGAAGCAUGAGAUGGUUCUCUCAUUGUUUCGACAGAUGUAUACUGAGGACGAUGACUGGUAUAGCUUGGGAACUCUUCUGCGGUCUUGUGCUGGUCUGUCUGCAGUGAAGCUAGGAAAAGAAAUUCACUGCCGUUUUAUGAGGAUGAGAGGCUGCGGAGAUGUCAUUGUUGAAUCCGCACUCGUGGACCUGUACGCAAAAUGUGGUGCUGUAGAAUACGCCUACAGAGUUUUUAGAAGGAGCAGUGUCCGCAACAUGAUUACUUGGAAUGCCAUGAUUUGUGGUUGUGCUCAGAAUGGCCAUGGUGAACGAGCCAUCAGCCUGUUCGAUGAGAUGGUUAGAGAAGAGGUCAAGCCAGACUACGUCAGUUUCAUUGGUGUUCUUUUUGCUUGUAGUCAUACUGGGAUGGUUGAGGAAGGAAGGAACUACUUCAACUCAAUGAGCAAGGACUAUGGCAUUCCUCCUGGUAUUGAACACUACAAUUGCAUUGUUGACCUCCUCAGUAGAGUAGAGCUUCUGGAAGAGGCUGAAGAUCUUGUAAACAAGUCACAGUUUAGAGAUGAUUCAUCACUGUGGGCAGCAAUCCUUGGUGCCUGUGCCACACAUACUAACCCAGAUGUAGCAGUAAGGGUUGCGAAGAAGAUGAUGGAAUUGGAGCCUCAAUACCACCUGAGCUAUGUUCUUCUUGAAAAUGUGUACAGGACAAUUGGGCGAUGGGAAGACGCUGUAGAGGUAAGGAGGUUGAUGAAAUCAAGAAAGGUAAAGAAAGAAGCCGGAACAAGCUGGAUUGAUGUAAACAGAAGCAAACUAUACACUAAGGAGGCAGCCUCACAACCUGUAGCCUCUGAGGACAUCAGGAAGUGCAGUCCAUGACAGAUUUAGCUUUGGCGGUGGUUCUGGUAUCUCAAAUAAUGUUUAAAGUCAUUUCUCAAUUGUAUGGAUGAAUUUGGGCAGGUCUUGUUCCAAAUCUGUUGCACAAACCGUCCCUACAUAUGUGAUGAGUGUGUUCAAACUUCCACUGACUUUAUGUGAUGAUCUGAUGAAGCACAUACAGGCCUUCUGGUGAGGAUCUGCAUCUGAAAAUGGUAAGCAAAAGAUUCAGUGGAUUCUGGAGGUAUGGGUUUCAAGGAUUUAAGACUUUUCAAUCAGGCUUUACUUGCUAGACAGGCAUGGAGGCUGGGGCCUUCCUAGAUAGCUUCUGUGUGUGUCUUUUGGAAGCUAAAUAUUCCCCUCAGGGUAACUUACUUGAUACUGUCCCAGCAGCUGAUGGAUUGCAAAAUGUAAAGGAACUGAAUAUGGGUUGGAGAUUUUAAAACUUGGUGUGGUGUACAGGAUUGGUGAUGGGAGAAGUACAAGGAUAUGGAGGGAUAACUGGAUUCCUCGGGGACAGCCUGAGAUCAAUAGUGAGGAGGUUUUUCUAUCCGUAUGACUUUGCCGAAAAUUUGAAGAUCAAGCUUCAUGGUGAAAAAGAUGACAGGACUGCUUUGUGUGGCCUUAUGAUAAAAAAAUGUACUGUUUACAAUCAGCCAAUCAGGAGUGCAUAUAGAAUUGUCAUGUGCUUCACCAGUUGCACCAUGGUGUGGGUGAAAUUGGUGGAAACUCAACAUCUGAGGAAGGGAGAUGGAUUUGGGAUGAGAUAUUAGAGCUCAAGAUACUGGCAAAAAUCAGAAUCUUUGCAUGGAAAGUCAUAAACAACGGAUUGCCAACUCAAGACACAGGCUAACUGUGAGUCGUGUGAUCAUGACAUGGAGGACCGCUUCCAGGCAUGUGAUUCCUGUAGAGGAUGAGAUCAAUGGACAGGGCCAGACUGACUACUUGUUCUCUUUAGAGGAGGUAAAAGCAAAUUUCUUAAUGCUCAUUUGGAGGAUCGGUUUAUUUGGAAUAAUGUUUUAAUAUAAAAGCUAGUGGCAAGGUAUUCAUGCAUGGCUUGGUUCUUUUUCUAACCCGGUAUAUGGACUCUCUGUCACUUGUCCGACAACAGAGGCAGCAGGUUGAUUACAGCAGGAAAGGGAAGUUUCUGCCGUGGAGCUCAAAGUCCUUAGCUAAUACCAAGGAAGUCUUGUGCAAGAGCUGGAUCCAGUCAUGUCAGGGUACUCUGAAAAUUAAUGUUGAUGGGGCUUCUAAACCUGACAGUCUGACACUAGCUCAGCAGCAGUGGGCAUGAUUAUCAGGGACUGGGAGGGCCAGCCAAAACUUACUUCCUGGUGAUCGCAUUUCUAAUGCAGGGAUGCUGAAGGAGCUGAGGCUGCAGCAUGUCUCGAAGGUAUCAGUCUUGCGGCUCGCUGGGCUCAUUGCUCAUUUAUCCUGGAGACUGAUUGUGCUGCAGUGGCUGGAAAGCUCAAGACGCGAUGUCAUGAUAGAUCGUUGACAACCACUGAUCCAAUAAGUUCUUCAAGAAAUUGACUCUCUUCAUCGCCUAGAGGAAGCCUAGAAGAUUAGGUGUGAUUAGAAUGACGUGGCGCAUGAGUUAUCCAUAAUAACAUGCCAUGAGGGUCAAGUUUUUUUUUUAAUUCUGUUUCUAGGGACGUUGUUGCCCUCCUUUGUAAUGACACUAAACUUUAAUCUUUAAUGGUUCGAAGAAAAAAACUGAUGGAAAUUAGGAUCAUUUGGUCUGCAAAGAUAAUCAUAUCUGCUUUACAGUU